GGGGCGGGCGGGCGGCCCCGGGCAGGCGAUUGGCGCCGCCCCGGCGAUUGGCCCCGCCCCUGCGCGCGCGGCUGGCGGGGUGGCAGAUUCUAACUGAAAAUGAAUAAAGGCAAGCAAAUUGAUGAUGAUGAUGAUGAUGACAGCGAUCAGUUUGAAGCCUUUCUGGAGAAUUUUAACCAACUCGAACUGCUGGAGACUCACCGGCAUUUGAUUCCUGUAGGCACCCAGAGCUGUUGGUCAGGACAGUCUGAUGAUGAUGAUGAUGACGAGCAAGAAAGAAGUGAGGAAUGGUAUGAAAUGCAAGAAAAAAAAAUGCAAAAACAUCCAGAGAAGUUGUUACUCUGGGCAGCUGAAAACAAUCGGCUGAGCACAGUGAAGAGGCUCCUUUCUGAGAAGCUGGCUCCAGUUAAUGCUCGGGAUGAAGACCAGUACACUCCUCUCCACCGAGCUGCCUACAGUGGGCACUUGGACAUUGCCCAUGAGUUGGUUGCCCAAGGGGCAGACGUUCACGCGCAGACGGUGGAUGGCUGGACACCUCUGCACAGUGCCUGCAAGUGGAACAACACGAGCGUGGCUGCAUUCUUACUGCAGCAGGGUGCAGACAUCAACGCCCAAACAAAUGGUUUGCUGACACCACUGCACAUUGCUGCAGGAAACAAGAACAGUAAAGAAACCCUUGAACUCUUGCUGAUGAAUCGCUACGUGAAAGCAGACCUGAAAAACAACUUGGAUGAAACGGCCCUUGACAUUGCCAGGAGGACUGAUAUCUAUCACUACCUUUUUGAAAUAGUAGAAGACUGCAUAAAUGCUGUGACCCCUUAAAAGUUAUGGUCAAGCUUGUGAAUGUGAGGUUUGCUGCCUUUUGUUUGUGUUCUGCAUGCUGAUCGGUGGUGGUCUGUCCCUUUGCAAUAAGGUUUUCAUUUAAAAUAACUUCAGAUUUCUCCUCAGGCAGUGAGCAUCACUUCUUGCAGCUCAGCUCAGUGGUCUUAUUCAUACUUGAAGCAUUGCAGUAUUUGAGGUAUUCAGAACGUCUUGGUAAUUUCAAUGAGCUUCCAUUUAAUUAGUGCAGAUUUGGAGGGGCUUUUGUAAUUUUCAAAGCAGGAGUGAAACUGGGACACUUACUUGAUGGGAAAGAAUUCUGGCUUGGUUAUGCAGAGUUUAUUACAGCUGACUUGAAAAUUAUUUUUUUGAUAAAUUUAACUUUUUGUAGACUGCAUAAAAGCUCAGAAUGAAUGUAACUUAUUUGGGUGAUACACAAAAUGUGGUCCUGGUGCAAGGCUUACUAUAAAAUAAAAUAUUUAACCCUAA